UUGGGCCUAAUAAUAUGGCAAGGUACUGUAAAUCCAGCAAACAUUUAAAGCAUAACUAAAAGCCAAUCGAAAAGUUUUCAAUGAGACACCUGUCAUAUCAAUGUUUGUCGAUUAUGAAAACAAGUUGUAUCAUCGCUCUAUGUACAUUUAAGUAAAAACAACUUGAGCAUGUCUCAUAUUCAUAUUUAAUCAAAUUAAUUUGAUACAAAUUGAAAAUAGAAUUAUACUACUUACUAUCAUAAGGUCUUUAGUUAACCUAAUAUGGCUAAAGUGAAUUGUCUGUUCUUUUUGUGGCUUACGCUCCUUAUAAAACAAACCUCUACUUAUAAGUUAAACAAUAAAUUUUUAAAGGAUGUAGCAAUGUUUAUAGUUCAAGAACAUAUUAGCAACUUGACAUCAACUAUAGUAAUAGCAGAACAUCAUUCUACAACUGAAUCAGCAUAUUUACAUGGAGAGAUCCUGGAUUAUAUUGUUCAUCAUAUUAAUGGAAGAGCUGCAAUUCAAUUGUUUUAUGAACAUGACUACUAUAAGCAGCCUUUGGAGUACUAUGUAUUAAUUCUAGACUCGCAAGAAGCUUUCAUAUAAGACUUGAAACAUGAAUAGUAUUCAAUGAUUUGUUAAUUUUCGUUUUUUAAGGAAACUCUAUCUCUUGUUAAAAGAAACUCCCUAUGAGAGACAUUUUCGUUUUUUUAUCAUUUUAACUAAACAAACACCAGAUAUCCUGAAUGUCAUGGAAGAAAUCUUCAGUCUUUGUCAUCACUUCAACGUUAUCGAUGUAAAUAUCCUAACAGAAGACCCAAAGAGAGGUGUCUCUAUGUUCACCUACUUUCUUUUUACGAAAUCCAUCUGUCGGGGCUUUUCUCCAAUACUUAUGUACAAUUUCAAUGAAGGCUUUGAAAAGUUUAACAAUCUUUUCCCGCCGAAACUUAAAAAUUUUCACGGUUGUCCUAUAAAGUUAUCAGCCCGCACUUUUGCUCCAUAUUUCACUUUCAUUGGGAAUAAAAGCAAACCAGAGCCGAUAGGAAACUGGGAAAAUAUUUCCGGACUUGAAGGAGCUUUGAUGAAGUAUCUAGCUUUGACAUUGAAUUUCACGAUUGAAUUACUGCCUUUUGCCGAAGACCAAUCUUAUGGAUGUUUUGAAUUGUUAAGAAAUGGCGAAGCAGAUGUUGUUAUUGGAGGCUUCGGAGACUCAAAUAUUGUUCGAUGGGGCUUCUCUCCAAGCACCGCGUAUCAUAAUUCUGCGAUUUUCUUUGUGAUUCGAGGGAAAAACAUGCUUAGUUCACUGGGUCGUCUUGCCAGACCAUUUUCCAUUGAAGUGUGGAUUCUUGUGGCAGUUUUUUUUAUCCUUACCAUAAUCCUUAUAUUCCUCCUCAAAAUAGCGAGGAAAUCAAUUUAUCAGUUUGUCUUGGGAGAACAGAAUCACAAUCCAGUGACUAAUUUCUUGGCAGUUUUUCUUGGAUAUCCAAUGUGCCGAACACCACGACGUAAUUUCGCUAGAUUUAUAUUUCUAAAUAUGCUUCUUCUUACUUUUAUCUUGCGCAAUGCCUAUCUUGGAUCUCUGUAUCAUGCUUUUCGUAAGGAUAAUUUUUUUAAGAUUCCAUCAGGAUUUGAGGAUCUCAUUAAAUGGAACUAUACAAUUAUACUUCCCUUCGACAACUCACAGUUAUUUGAUUUCCCCAAGGAACGUACAAUUAUAGCUAAAAUGGGUGAAUUUGACAAAAGACUACAAUUCUUUGAAGAACUCAAAGGCCGAUAUGUAACAGUGACUUUAUAUGAUCAGUUAUUUUAUUAUGUUUUGCAAAAACUAAAAAACAAAACCGAAACUGGGCUUUUUACUACCCCGGAAAUUAUUUACAAUUAUCAUUUUGUUAUGUUUAUGCGAAAACAUUCGAUUUAUUUGACUCCUUUCAAUAAAAUGAUAAAAGAAUUGAAUGAAGCAGGAAUAUUGGAAAUAUUAAGAUCAGAAUUUGUAAAGAAUGAUGUAUUAUUUAUGAUAAGUCGAUAUUUAAAGUAUCAAAAAAAGAACAUACCAUUGAAUAAUGAGCGCCUCUAUGGUUUGUAUUAUUUAUUUGGUAGUUUGGUAGGAAUUUCAAUAUUGGUAUUUUGUUUGGAAAUACUUUCAUAUCGUUUUAGAAACUUGCAAAGAAUUAUUGGGUGGAUAUUUAAAUUUUAAAUUUUCUUAUAUAUGUAAAUUAAUUGUUAAAUGUACAGUUUUGGAAAAAAAAAAUUACAAAAAAUUCAAACGGUUCUCUUAAAAUUAAUAAAAUUAUGAAAAUUCAUUAAAGACUUUUGAAUAUUGUUAUGUUUUUAGUGCGUCAUUUUAAAUUCUGUUAAUGGAUAUUAUCACAAAUCUUAUUUUUUUUAAUUUUUUUUUUAAGACAACGACAAGUAUUGUAGUAUCAAGAGGAGAAACAGCUAUUGCGACAGAUAUAGACAAAA